UUUUUGCUUAAAAUACUGCCUUUGUUUUUUUAUACGUUUUAUGACAUAGGCCUACCAUCCUAGUGAACUUGUGCGACGUCAUAUGUGUCUGUGUUCUAAAGAUCAAACUAGGAACUAAGGUAAUAUAGACGUUAUAUUUGACGGGAUGUUAAAGAAGUCGGACAACAGCACAUCAACAUGGACGUGAGGGAUGCAAAUGCGGGAAUGCUAAGCAACUAUGAGGUGUAUCAACUCCUCACAGACCUCAAGGAGAAGAGGAAAGAGAGCGGUAAAAAACACAGCACGGGUCAGCAGAAUCUGAACACCAUUAUGUAUGAGACUUUGAAGUACCUUUCCAAAACGGCAUGUUCUCGACAGAAUCCCGAGAUUGUGAAGGAGUUUCUCACCACCAUGCGCGGCCACAAACUCACCAAAGCAGAGAAGCUUCAGCUCCUAAAUCAUAGGCCGCAAACUGCUGUCGAGAUCCAGCUGAUGGUGGAGGAGAGUGAGGAAAGACUGUCGGAAGAGCAGAUUGAAGAACUCAUCCAGAAGGUGACAGACGUUCUCCCAGGAGACCCUGCAGAAGAAGGGGAGGCCGAUAUGGAGGCCUCAGCAGACCAGUAGAACCCUUUCUUUCAUUGUAUCCCGUGUGUGUGUGUGUGUGUGUAUGUAGAUUUCCCUGAAAACAAAUAUAUUUGUAGAAAGGAGUUUGUGACCAGUGUGAAAUAUUUAUUUAAAAUUUUAUUUUUACUGUCUGAAUAAAAAAUAGAAUCUCACAA